GCGCACUGAGCAUCUCUCUCUUUGCCACGUUGAAUCGUUUACAGUUAGACACACAUAUCGAAACGAUCUCUCCCCAAAAUAAACAUGAUUGUAAAAUUAUUACUUUUAUGCGCGUUUAGUGCUGCUUUUGCAGAUAUCACAGAGGAAAAGGGAGUUCUGGUACUGACCAAGGACAAUUUUGAUGGUGCUAUCGCCGACAACAAGUUCAUUUUGGUUGAGUUCUAUGCCCCAUGGUGUGGACAUUGUAAAGCACUUGCUCCAGAAUAUGAGAAGGCUGCCCAGUCUCUGGCUGAUGAGAAAUCUGAAAUCAAGCUUGCCAAAGUUGAUGCCACAGAACAUCAGUCUCUGGCCGAAAAGUUUGAGGUCCGUGGCUACCCAACCAUCAAGUUCUUUAGGGACGGCAAGCCUGUAGAAUAUGGAGGUGGCAGACAGGCAGCUGAUAUUGUCAACUGGUUGAAGAAGAAGACUGGUCCUCCAUGCACCACUCUCGACUCUGUCGAUGAUGCCAAGAAAUUCAUCGAGAAAGACGAAGUUGUUGUAAUGGGAUUUUUCAAGGAUGUAACCUCAGCUGAUGCCAAGGCCUACGAGGAGGCAGCUGCCGGCAUUGAUGACAUUCCAUUCGGUAUAACCUCGAGUGCUGAUAUCUUUAAAGAGUAUGAAGUGGAAUCUGAUGGCAUUGUUCUUUUCAAGAAGUUUGAUGAAGGACGUAAUAACUUUGAGGGAGCUGUAUCAGCUGAUGCCAUUUCCAAAUUUGUGUUUGGCAACAGAUUGCCCAUUGUUGUUGAAUUCACACAAGAGAGUGCCCAGAAAAUCUUUGGAGGAGAAAUUAAGAAUCACAUUCUGCUCUUCGUCAAGAAGUCUGAAAAGGACUUUGACACAAAACUUAGUGACUUCAAAGAGGCUGCCAAAGACUUCAAGGGAGAGGUCCUGUUUAUCUACCUCGACACCAGUGAUGAGGACAAUGCACGAAUCCUGGAAUUCUUUGGAUUGAAGCCAGAGGAAUGCCCAGCUGUUCGUCUGAUCACCCUCGGAGAGGACAUGACCAAAUACAAACCAGAGACAGAUGAUUUGUCUACAGGGGCCAUCAGAACAUUUGUUCAGGGCUUUAAAGAUGGAAAACUUAAGCCACAUCUUAUGAGUGAAGAAGUGCCAGCUGACUGGGAUUCCAAACCAGUCAAAGUUUUAGUAGGAAAAAAUUUUGUAGAUGUAGCUUUAGAUGAAAAGAAAGACGUAUUUGUAGAAUUUUAUGCCCCAUGGUGUGGCCAUUGUAAACAGUUGGCCCCCAUCUGGGAUGAGCUUGCCGAGAAAUUCAAGGACAAAGAUGACCUUGUUAUUGCCAAAAUGGAUUCCACAGCCAAUGAAGUAGAGCAAGUCAAAGUCCAGAGCUUCCCUACCCUUAAAUUCUUCCCUAAAGGCAGCCAAGAUAUAGUUGAUUACAAUGGAGAGAGAACUCUUGAAGCUCUCACCAAAUUUGUAGAGAGUGGUGGAAAAGAAGGAGCUGGAGAGCCUGAUGAGCCUGAAGAGGAGGAGGAGGAAGAAGAAGAGGAGGAAGAAGGAAAGGACAAGAAGGAUGAAUUGUAAAGACUCUUUGUUUAUACUCUGUACUAGCAGGAUCUCAGUGAGAGAAAAAUCUGUAUUCCAUGUUCUCAGCUUUUACAUCCUCUUUAAGUUACUAAAAAUGAUCAUGUUAAUAUACUUGAAUGUUAAAUAUUGUUUAUUGGCCAAGGCACUUCAGCUGUAUAAGUGCUUUAAUUAAAUUGUUUGAAACUGCUAAGAAGUGCCUUGUGAGCCAUGUUAAGAUGGGAGAUGGGCAUUGUUUUUUUUUUCUAACUCUGGAUCAUUGAGGUUGUUGCAUAACUAUUGAGGCAGCUGUGCACUUAAUAACACUGUAACUAGUCAAGGAUCAACAAAACGGAGCUUGUUAGACCGUUGGCAUUUCUAUUCUUUUUGAUUAUUGAUUCAUUCCAGUUAUUUAUUUUUUGUCCAAUUUAAUCGUGUAUACAAUAUGUUUCUUUUUCUUGUCAGGAUUUUAGUUUUAAUUUUGCCACAAGUAUAAAAAAUAAUAAUAUUCUUCCAUUUUUGAAUCAUGAAAUAUUUAGAUGAGGGAGAGAUCAUUAUUUUCCCCAGAAAAUCAAACAACUCAAUGUGGGAUUCGAUAUGUGUGUGUGACUGUGUGCAUGUGUGUCUUUUUGAUGGUGAUUGAUAAAAGAGAUUUUGAAUGAUGUUGAAAAUUUGGUGCUGUUCAGACAGGAAAAAUAUUUAAAAGUACCAGUAUGUUUGUCAUAAAUGCUCAUGUACUAAUGUUUUGUGUACAUGUUUAUAAUAAUUUCAAAAUUUUGAAAUGUAGGUUAACAAAUAAAAAACAAAAUUUA